AUGCAGCAAAAGUCGCUUCGACCGCUGUCUGAGCCUCUACAGCUCUCAUGCCUUCCUCAUGAAAUCCUUGUCGAGAUUAUGAAGAAUGUGGAAUGGGACGACAUUUUGGUUCUCCGGAAGGCGCGUUGCUGCAGGUCUCUGAAUGUAGCGUCGAAAGAACGCGAGGUCUGGUGCUCGCUUCUCAAGAGAUAUUGCGAGACCACCUUUCCGCGUCCGUUUUUCCUGUCGAAACCUUUGCAGCACUCCACACGCGAAGAGCUGGAGGCUCGAAUCGUUGGAUGGUGGUCAGGUUGGGAACACUUGACCCCCACAACUCAAACCUUUUCGGUGCACGGCCACAUUGAAGGUCUGUACGGACCUUUGGCCGCACUACCCGGCAAUCGUUACUUCCUUUACGACUCGUUUGAAGGCAGUGUGUACUACGGCGAUCCGUUGGACCUGGCCUCCACGCUCACCCCCCUGCUUCCCUCACCCUUCAAAGGACCGCUACCGGCCGGGGCUUGCGUCAGCGUGGAUGUUCUGGCAACUCAGGGCAUUCCCAUCGACCCAGACAUCCCAGUGGCCGAUGCCACCUGGGAGUCACGCCUUUUCCCUCUCGCCUUCCGACUCGCUGUGUGUAGAAGGCAAUCGAAAAUGGGGUUCAUCGAAGUUUACGAUAUCACGGUUCAAAUUCAAGACGGCAACGUUCGAUACUCGAGCACUCAACUCAAGUCCCAUGUUCUGACUUCCUAUGAUGAGGUCGCGAACGUCUCUCAUCCCUGUUCCCUUCUCGGCAAUUAUCUUGCCUAUGGCACAAUGUCGAAUGGAGUGCGAAUUAUCAAUUGGACAUCGUACGAUCCGGGGGACCCUACGACUAGAAUAUGCCCUCCGAGCAUUCUCGAUUAUGUCUUGCUAUUGCCCAAUCGCAGAAUUCUGUUGAUGGGCUACAACGUUUCCAUCUGGGACUGGGAACAGGGUAGAAGACUGGUUGCGGAAAACUCCCCGGACGCGUGGUCGACGCCUGACUGGGAGUCGUCGGACUUCUUCGAUCUACCGCAUCCAUUUACAUCCCCUGUUUACAUUCGCGGGUCCAUACGCCUGGUCCUAGUAGGAACUGACGAUGUGCUCCUUGGGGUGAUUAUCCCAAUGGAUACCGAGAAGCGAGGAACCUCUGAGGUCUCCACGGUCCGCCUUUUGGAAACCCCGACAUCGCUCGGUCAUACCACACGGUGGUUUGGUUAUCGUAAAGGUGCAUAUAUUGGUAAGGACUCCGAAGGCCUGGUCUGUUACAAAUGGCCGGAUGACGACCUGCCUCCUCAGUCCCACCAAUCCAUCCGGCUCCCGGGACAGUUCGGGGAUAUGGAUGGUUGUUUCCAAGUAGACGGUGACUACCGACGCCUCGUCGCGUUCUCGUUCAAGUCACCACUGACGUGCACUGUAUUUGGAUAG